UAAACCAGAAGGCGCUAGCAGCGUUAGCUCCCAGGAUUCAUUUGAAUAUCUUUGGUUAGAAGAUGGUUUUUACUGCGUGAACUGAAAAUGUCAGUGUCUGCAAAAACAAAACCUUCUUUUCAUCAUGAGAGAAAAUUCAUCAGAGUCCAACUGAAAUACUGAAGAACAUUAAUUUGAAUGGAAAUGCCUGAUUUCAUGUGAAACGUCUGAGUGUCCUGAUGUCAUCAUUCGGAGGAGGAAAUCGAUCAUCAGCUCAGACUGUCGGAUGUUGGCUGGAAAACCCAAAUUAUUUCGGAACCUCCCGAGCUGGGCUGCAGCACCAGAAGAAUCGGUGUUUGUGACCUUUGACCCUCCGGGUUUCCUGACGUCACUGUGGCUGUAAAAUCAGACCGUGGCUGGACGACGUGUAAACAUGGAGGACUGACAAAAGAUUCGUGUUUCAGGGGGUUUGUCGGCUUUAAUAAACACGAUUCUAGCUGAGAAAACUUUGAACAGAUUCAGAUGUGGAUUCUGAAGUGUUUUCAUCCGGUCUGAAUGGGUUUUCUACCUAACAUCAGUCUGUUUAGUCACCCAAACAACACGAUGCUUGCCUGGGUUUCUGAUGACAUUUGCAGCAAUACCCAGAAGCUCCUGAGACCUAAAAUGUUUAAUUGAGACCCUUACAAAAAAAUCCCAUGAAAAUCACAUGUGAUCACAUGAAAACCACACAUGUGGUUCAUACAAAUUUUUACAUGUGAAUGAUGUGAAUCACAUGUGAAAGCACAUGUAUACGUGUGAUUUUGGAACGUUUUGUGGUAAAAUGACAUGUGAGCACAUGUGAUUUUCAUGGGAUUUUUUGUAAGGGGAGAUAUCUUGCCUAGGUUUGCAAUAUUGUUUUUAAAAGCUAUUUUAUAUGUUACAGUCAAGGACAUUAAUAAAAUAUUAAUCCUUAAAGUUUUUCCAGAUUAUAUUAAAUGAGCUUUAAAUAUUUGCCAUUAACGUUCUACUGGUCUUCACUCAGGUCUUGCGCAGCAACAUGUCUGUUACUACUUCAGAUGUUCUGGUUGAUGAUCAGAGACGGAUAAAAGAGGAGCAGGAGGAACCAGAACCGGAGCAGGUGACUGAGAAAAAAGAGGAACCAGAACCGCAGCCAAUCAAAGUAGAACAAAUUCAACUGUUGAUCUUUCAGGAUGAAGAGCAGCUUUUAGUGAAACAGGAGAGCAGCACCUCAAUGGUGACUGCUGCUGAGGAGGAAAUAUUCCACAAUGACCCGGAACUGGAGCAGAGGAUGGAGACAAAGCAGGAACCAGAACCUGUAGAGGUUAAAAAGGAACCAGAAGAAUCAGAACCUGUGAAGACUCGAGAGGAAGAGGAGGAUCUCCACAGAGAUAAGGAUGAAGAUCAUCUUACAGUGAAGCAGGAGCCUGAAAUCAUUAUGGUUUCUCCAACAGACAGGAACCAGCUCCUCUCUGGAAUCCAGGCUGAAGGUGAGAACCAAAGAAGCAACCAGAACGACUCAGGAUCCAGUAGAGGUAAAGAUCUUCAGCCAGAGCAGAAACCUCACGACUCCAGAAAUCAGAUGGACAAUGAGGACAAUUCAGAACUAGAAAGGCAAAAAUCUGAUUUGCCCCUGUGUAGCGUGUGUGGUAAACAUUUCACUAAGCCUUACUACUUAACUGCUCACCUUAGAACUCACACAGGGGAGAAGCCACAUCCUUGUGACAUGUGUGAUAAAUCUUUUAGCACAAGAAGUAAUUUAAUACGUCACCUCAGAACACACACUGGUGAAAAACCAUUUCCAUGUGACAUGUGUGAUAGAUCUUUUAGCACGAGAAGUAUUUUAACUUGUCACCAAAGAACUCACACAGAUGAAAGACCAUUUCAUUGUGAGUUGUGUGAUAAACUUUUCAGACGCAACAGUCAUUUAGCUGAUCACCUUAAAACUCACACAGGUGAGAAGCCACAUCCUUGCAAACUGUGCGGUAAAUCGUUCAUACAGAAAGUUAAUUUGGCUGAUCACCUGAGAACUCACAGAGCCGAGAAACUGUUUAGCUGUGAAUGCUGUAAUAAAAGUUUUGUACAGCAUCGUGCUCUGAUCUGCCAUAUGAGAAUUCAUACAGGUGAGAAACCGUAUUCUUGUGAACUAUGUGAUAAAUCUUUCAGAUUGAGAAAAAGUCUAGUUUGUCACCUUAAAACUCACACAGGUGAGACUGGCAGAAAAUCAUAGCUGCUGCUAAAAGUUUAAAUGUCUGCUAGUUCCACCAGAGGACAUGUCAUGUAGAACCAGUAAAUCCAGAAAGCAUCAUCCCCAUCACUCGUCUGUUUGCUUGUGAAGGAAUUGGCUGUGAUGUAAUAAUGUGAGGAAUCGUGAACAAAUGGUGGAGACAGACUGAAGAUAACUCUUAGAGCAGAAACUCAGAACUAGUACUAAUAAACUUUGCUGACUACACUUAAUAUCAGAAAAUAUGAAGAAAAUGUACAAAAACUAAUCAGGACUGCUGCUGAAUGUAUUUUCUACAAUCAUAUCAAUGUUUACUCUGAUAUCUAUAUAUGUAUAAUCUUUGAUUCUUAUCUGCAGUUUCAUUCAUUUUGGAGUAAUAUCUGGUCCCAAAGCCUUAAAACAACCUGGUGUAACUUGUUACUCCUCUUCUUUCCUAACUUUUCACCGAAGCUAGAAAAGAAUAACUCAUCAACCCAGUUCUAAAAUCCCUGUAGUGCAGAGAACAGACUUUAACAUGGCUUAGCACCAAAAUGACCUGUCGUCGUAUCAACCGUCCAUACCGCUCAGGUUUUCUGGGUCAAGUUCGCAGAACCAAACAUGGAGCAACAGCAUUCAGUUUUUAUGCUCCACUAAUCUGGAACAAACUUCCAGAAAACUGUCAAACUGCUGAGAAACUGAGUUCCUUUAAAUCAAAUGUAAAAGAUUAGAUUUGCCUUUGAUUUAUAACUGGAACGUAAAUAGAUUUUAUUUCAGGAUUUUACACUACAUGUUUGAUCAUUUUGAUAUUUGAGAAAAUGUAGCGAUUGUUGCUUGUUUGUCAUGAACUCGUAAUAGUCGAACCUCUGUGCCAUGUUUGCCGUGUUUACUGAACUGUUUGAACCACAUAUAUGAGAAAACACUGAGGUAUACUGCAGUGGGCGGAGUUUCACAGGAGCUCGGCUCAGUGGGUCUGCGUGAAAACAAACAUCUGAAAACCAUUUCAACAGGCGUCAACAAUCUGCCUUCUGCAGAAAUCUGGGUCAUAAAAACUUCUGUCUCCCCAAAGCCUCUGCUUGGAAUCCCCCAGUUUCAAUGUUGUUUAAAGACAGGAUAGGUUCAAUAUUCUGCUCUGCAGAAUUGGGCUGUACUGACCCUUGCAAAGCAUUACUUAAUAAAUAAGAAUGCAUAAUUUUAGAGAAGCCUUUAAUGGUUGACUUAAACCCAAAGUUAGCAAUGCAACAUCCUGGGACUCCAUAAGAGUCACUAAACAUUAUUUGGCUCAGAAUCAAGAGCAAGUUGCAAAAUGGAGGAUGACUAUUAAUGGGUUCUGUCUGGGAAUCCUAGUUGGAUAGGAGAGAUGUAGGUCGUCAGAACCCAGAACUUUUUAUCCUGUGAGUACUGAUCAGGGUAAGACCAGCAAGGUCUGGAUCUCAGCACUCAUUGUGUUGCCUCUGAGUGUGGAGUCGUUUGGUGAGUGCCUUACGGUAUUUAUAUACUCAUGAAUCAGUUAAAAAUCUUUAGUAUGUCUGUAUUUAUGUAUGUAACAGGGAAGGUUUUAUGUCUGGUGGACAAAGAGUCAUGACCUUGGUGCCACCAAUGGUAAAAGCUGCACUGCAAAACCUAAUGUGUUUGUGCUAGCAUUUGCAUUUUUAUUAUUUCGUAAAUGUUAAACUAAUCUAAUCCCUUUUCAUUUUGUAGUCAUGGGUGGUUAGUGCUAGCCAACGGUUACUCCAGUGAAAAUAUUAAAACAACCUGAAUUGGCCAGUUUGAGUCACCACUGGUUCAGGUUUUACCUUUCUGAUCGACGUUUCUGUGUGAUGAUGGAUCAUUUUACCUCAGCCCUCCUCAGGGUGUACCCCAGGGCUGUAUUCUUGGUUCUUUUUUGUUCUCACUUUAUGUUCUGCCACUGGGUUCUAGUGGCCCAGCAGUAUCUCCACCUUGAUUUUUUUUUUUCCUUUGGCCCCUUUAAAAAAAAUCCACUGUCACAAAUUCUGGGGUGAAAUUGGAAACCUGCCAAAUCAAGCCCCUUCGUUCCACUUGGAGACAGUAAUCCACACUUUUAUUACUUCAUGUCUGGAUUAUUGUAACUCUCUUUUGAUCAGCGUUAGUUUUGUUUGUCUUUGAAUGGUCUUUGCCCUUGUCAUUUGCCUUAACUACUUUACCUCUCUAUGCCAUCAUGUGCGCUUUGAUCAUCUGCCCAGAUAAUUUUAGCAAUCCUGAAUACCUUUUAGAAAUCCAGAGGAGACGGAGCCUUUUCAGCUCCUAAACUGUGGCAUGAGCUGCUGCUAAAGGUGAGGCAGGAACCAUCUCUUUCUGUUUUUAAAGCUCAUUUAAAACACUUUUUCCUUUGGUUUAUAACCAGGAGUGAAGUAGCAUCUGUGUUUUAAUGUUGUAGUCUUUACUUGUAUUUCUGAUGCUUUGAUUUCUAUUUUUUUGUAGUUGUCUUUUUUAUUUUUUGUACAUGUCUGUCAGCUGCUGUGUUGUAUUUUAUGUGCUUUAGAAAUAAAGUGGCAUUUAUUUUAUUGAUAGUAUUAAAAAUAUUUUUUGGACAAUAAUGCUGACGUGUGAUGUUUUGUUUUUAGGACUAUCCUAUGUGUAUAAUUUUAACUUGUCCCAGUAACUUACUGGUAAUAUUUAUUAGAUUACUUUGUCCCUUGGCACUUUACACUAAAACAUUAAUUGCAUUAAUGGUCCUGGGUAAACUAACGAUUCGGUGGACCUGUUGAUGUUCUGCAGCGUUAUUUGUCUUUUGAGUGUAUGUCAGUGUAGUAAUAAUUAGAAUUUUAUUUUCAGGUCUUAGAUUUUAAUUGUUUAUGUCUUCAUGUCAGUUAUAGCUUUGCUAUUCUACUGCCAUUGGGUGCCUUUCUGGAUAUUAAUAUAACUAAUAAUUAAUAAAUAAAGCUGCUAAACUUAA